GAGAGGGAAGAGGCAGGCAGGGAGUUCAGGUUACCGCUGCCGCAUCGCCGCCUUCCUUCGCUUCUGGCUGCGGGGGAUGAGCCCCUGGCUGGGGACAGGGACACGGGGACAGAGGCAGCGGCGAUCCCGGGGGGAAGAGCCGCGCAGGAUGCGCUGCGGGAGCAUCCCGGGCUGAAGAGGUGCCCGCUCCUUUCUCCAGCUCCAGAGCAGCUGACCCAACUUCAAAAAUGUGACUCAUGGCUCCUCCAGCAAAAGGAUCAGCAGCAGUUUCUGGGUUGGUGCAAGAGCCCCACAGGACACAAAGGGGUUGAAGAUGAGUGGAACCUGGCUGGGUGUGCCUGUUGAACACCUGCUGGCCCUGGGACACAGGCACAGAUGGAGAAGCAUGGCAGAUUCCAGAAAGUUCAGGCUGUUUGUCUGCCUGGUGGGGCUCAGCAGUGCCAGCUUCUGGCUUUUCUACAGCUGGACCCAAUUCUGCUUGUCCUGUGAGAGCAGCCAGGGUCACACCUUCCCCAUGGAGACUUUCAGGAGGACGGAAGGGAACUUCUCCCAGCUCCCAGACAUUGACUGCAUCAAGAACCCUCCCUUCCUCGUCCUGCUGGUGGCCUCCUCGUGCCAGCAGGUGGAUGCCAGGAUGGCCAUCAGACACACCUGGGGCCAGCACAGGACAGUGGCUGGCAAGCGCCUGGUGACGUUUUUCCUGCUGGGGAGCCCUGGCAAUCCCAGGCAGCAGGCUGGCAUUGCUGCUGAGAGCCAGAGGUACAGAGACAUCAUCCAGAAGAACUUCACAGACACCUAUUACAACCUGACCCUGAAGACCAUGAUGGGAAUCGAGUGGAUCCACAGGUUUUGCUCCCAGUCCAGCUUUGCCAUGAAAACUGACACAGAUGUGUUUGUCAACGUUUUUUACCUCACUGAGCUGCUUCUGAGGAAAAAGAAGACUGCUGGAUUCUUCACAGGCUUUUUAAAACUGCACGAGUUCCCCAUCAGGACCAGAAUGAGUAAGUGGUACGUGAGUAGGGAAGAGUAUCCAGGAAACACCUACCCACCCUUUUGUUCAGGGACUGGGUAUGUUUUAUCCAGUGAUGUGGCCAGCCAGAUCUACAACAUUUCUGAGAGUGUUCCAUUCAUUAAACUGGAGGAUGUGUUCAUAGGCCUGUGCCUUGACAAAUUAAAAAUUCAGCUGGAGGAGCUCCACUCGGAGCAGACGUUUUUCCCAGAAAGGAUCCGGUUCUCUGUCCCUCGCUUUAGGAAAAUCGUGACGUGCCAUGGAAUAAAACCCUCUGAGCAGCUCAGCUACUGGAACCACUUAGUGGCAGGAACCCAAGGAGUGCUCUAGCACCUGCCCUGCUCCACUGGACAAACUGAAAUUCUCUGCUUUUACAGGGCUGCUCCCCACUCCAGCAAACUCCCAAUUUACUCCAGCUCCAUCACGUUAAUGACUUUGAAAUUGUUUUUUAAUCACAGAAUCAGAGAACUCUUAAGGUUGGGAAAGACUCCCAAGAUCAUUGAGUCAAAUCUUUGAUUUAAAACCCCCUUGUCAACUAAAACAGGGCACUGAGUGCCACAUCCAGUCAUUCCUUGAACCCCUCCCUGGGCAGCCCCUUCCAGUGCUUAACCACCCUUUCCAUGAAAAAAUUCUUUAUUUCUGCAUGAGAACAUGCAAACCUGCUUCUCUCCCAUUCACUCCCAUCUCUGUGCAUCCCUCCUCUAGUUGCAAUAAUUAGUUCAAACCUUCUUCUCUCCCAUUCAUUCCCACCUCUGUGCAUCCCUUCUCUAGUUACAAUAAUUAGGUUUUUUUUUUUGUUUUUUUGUUUUUUGUUUUUUUUUUUUUUUCCUGAAAAACUCAGGGUUGCUAACCCACCCUCCAAAUCCUGCUGCCACAGGCCUGGGAACAUUCCUGCCGUGCCAAACAAAAAAGUCAAAGUAUUUUUUGUUCAGAGAAUCAAAUCCUGGUCGCCCCUUGAUAAAUCCCUGUCCCCAUCUGUGCAGGAAUAUAAGGAAUGAUAUUUGUGGCUGCCAGGGUGCUCCCUCCUGGAGGAAGCUGCAGCCCUGCCCUUGCAGCCAGCUCUGUGUGGGCUGAGCUGCAUCCUGGCACAGGUCCCUCCUUCAGUCUAAACCAAUUUCUUUUUUUGCAGAGAUGGUAGAAUUUGCCCAAGCAAUGCUCUCAGGACAACCUUGGGCACUGCAGGUCACCUGGUGGAUGUGUAAAAGCUGCUGCAGAGUUUCCUUCCUCCCAAAAAUAACCCAUGUGAGCCAGUGGAGGGUGUCCUGCUCUUCCCAUUAAAACAGACCACUGAUAUUUGUGUCUCACUUUGAUUGCCCAAGUGCUGCUGUGAAUGGUUUGCCCACGUUAAACUAGAGUCACUUACAGUGAUUUAGACUUUUUUUUUCCUAAAGAGAAACUGGUUGUGUGAGAAAAAAGACAGGAGGAUUUUUCUCUUUUGAAAUGUUCUCAAGAAAUCAUUCAGGCUGGGAGCAUUUCUGUUUCUAUUUCUUAUUUCAUUCCCAAGCAAAGACUCAUGAAAUCUCUGGGAUGGUUCUAAGUUUCAGAGAUAAGGAGUGGGGUCUUUACAGCAGAUGCUAAAAAAAUCCUUCAGGGCUCUGAGGAGGGAGAAGGGAGCUCAGAAAUCCUCCCCUAUGCAAUGCUUGAUUUUCCUGCAGGCACAGGCAAGAUCAGUGUUAUCAGCAUGGAAUGCCUGCAGUGUCUGUGUGAAGUGGUUUUUUACCAAAAAGCAGUGAAAGUGGAGCUGUUCCCAAGAGGAGCUGAGGGGAUCUGACACCCAGCAUGGAAGAAAGACAGGAAAAUAGAUUUUAUUAUUUUGGUGUUAUUGAUUUUUAUUGUUUCUUUUCAUUUUAUUGAAAAGAAGGAUUCUUCUUUCUUUCUUUUCAAACCCUUCUUGGUGACGAUUUCCCAAGUAUCUCAUUUUACUUGCCUGAAGAGCAGGAUAAAUGUUUUCAGCAGGAAAAUCCUAGGAAAUGUUUAAUAAUUGUGAUAAAAUAUUAUUUAUUUUCCUCUGGUGUAGAGUAACCUGAGAUCAUGCACUUACAUUUGACCACUGAUAAUGAAAGAAAAAAUGUUUAUUUGUUUGACAGAAGAAUAGCCCUCUUCAUUUUAAGCUUCUUUAAUAAACUUUUAAUAUUUUAUUUAGAAAAUAGCUCAUUUUUACUUACCAUUCAGCUCUUUUCUGAAUACUUUUGCUGCCUUCAGAAGUGUGAUGGGUCAGACUGAUAAAGCCAAGCCAACAUCUUUUUAAUCACUAUUCUUUCCAUGUAAUAUCCAGAAAUAUUUUGUGUCAUUCAUUGCUCCUGUGCCCAAGGUGCAAGCUGGUUAUUCCUUUAAUUUAUGGGAAAAUGGUGAGCAGAAAGGAAUGUUUCCUGCUCAUUCCCAGCUCCCUGUCUUGAGGGGCAGAGUGAUCUGGGACAGCAUCAUCAGCCUGAUGUUCUCUUCUUGUUCUCAGAGGUACUAAUAUAGUAAUAAAUAAUAAUAUAAUAUAGAUAUAAUAUAAUAUAAUAUAAUAUAAUAUAAUAUAAUAUAAUAUAAUAUAAUAUAAUAUAAUAUAAUAUAAUAUAAUAUAAUAUAAUAUAAUAUAAUAUAAUAUAAUAUAAUAUAAUAUAAUAUAAUAUAAUAAACAAUAUAAUAAUGAAAUAAUGCUGCAGGCAACUGUAGGUCUCACUUCCACCUCUGUGCUUGGUGCCAGCAGUUUGUGGCUUUGCAUCAGCAUAAAAAAAGUCACUCCUGAGGACCAAGUCCUGCUUGACCUCUUGUGGCUUUUAUUUGAGGUCAGGAGCAUUCCCAGUUACUUGAAUCCAGUGAUUCUCAGGCAGCCACUUCUGCAGACUCAACCUCAUUUUGGGGGGUGAAUCCUAGAGGAAGAUGUCCCUGUGUUUCCAGGGAGAUGUGCUUGUCAUUUCAGGUGCCCUGCACAGGAUGUCUUCAGAAUGUUUUGCCCCCACAUCAGUCUCCAGUGACUGCCCAGGGACAUUUAAUUUGUCAUUGCAGCAGCUCUGCAGAGGAGCAGAUUUGGGAUUUGGGAUUUGGGGAGCCUGCUCCUCUCCUCUUUGAAUGUGGCUUCCCAGGUGAAUGUUUUAGCUGCUGCACAGCAUUUCCCUCAACAUAAUGAUUUUCUUGGUGUAAAUUAGAAACUCAUUUUUUUCAUUCACAGAAUCAAAGAAUUGUUUAUGUUGGAGAAGAACUGCAAGUUUUCACUGAUUCCAACCCUUAACCCCAAAAGUGUCCCUAAGCACCACAUCUACAUGUUUUAAACACUCCAGGCACAGUGAUCCCUCCCCUUCCUUGGGCAAAAUUUCUGGAAGAAAUUUUUGAUAAAUGCAAUCUAAACCUCCCCUGGUGCAACCUGAAGUCAUUUCUCCUUGUCCUGUUGCUUUUUUAUUGGGAGAAGAGACCAAUCCCCACCUCACCCCACCCUCCUGUCAGGGAGUUCUGGAGAGAAAUGAAAUCCCCCCUGAGCCUCCUUUUCUGCAGACUGAACCCCUCCCCUCCUCCCUAGGCUGCUCUAAAUAAGAAUAUAUUAAUUGAAUAAUUAAUUACUUAAAACAUAAAGUUACCCUGCUGGAAAAUGUGAUUUAAGAAAAAGCAGAUGAUUGCAUGUAAGGCAAAUCCAUUUGUUUAAACAAAAGCACUGUGCUAGUGAGUUUGUAUGUAUCAGCUAAAUUAAAUUAGCUUUUGCAGCUGAGGCCACAGAUCAUGGAUUUUAAAACAAUCAAAACAGUAUUAGUGGUCUUUUGAAAAAUUAGUUGCAUUUUCCCAGGAAUGACCAUCACAAAACAACCAGAAAUCUAAGCAGAGCUGUAAACACAGUACUGCAGUGUACAUGCACUUAUUUUUUAAAUUUUGUAUAGGCUGAUAAAAUAAUUCAGGUAAUUUGGGGGCAGUUUGUCUGCAGAAAUUGAGCACUACCCCAACAUUUUCAUGCAUACUGGGUUAGAAAUUAAUUAAUUUUAAUAUUUUUUCUUUUUAAUGAAUGGCUUGGAAAAGGUCAUCUAAAAGUUGCUCCACUGCUUCUAAGCAGGGAGGAGUACAGAAAUCAGCAGAGCUGGCAAUCUUAGAGUUGGUUGCACUUCAGCACAUUCUAUUUCUUCCAAGAUAAUUAUUUGAAUGCAUAAAAAUUUAUUUUUUUUUCCCUCAACCCAAAUUCAUCAACCAACACAUUCUCAGUUCAAAUUAGGAUUUUCAAACCUAUGCAGGAAGGAUCUGCUCUCACAACUCCUCUGACUCAGACUAAUUGAGGAGGUACAAGGUGGAUUUCUGCAGUGGAAGUUUCGCCUUAUUUCAGGGAGGAAGGGGACAAAAGGACUCCUGGGGGAGACAGGAGCUGCUCCUCAGGAUCUGUGUGGGUGACAAUGCAAUCCCCAUUUCAAACUCGUGCCACUGUUUGUAUUAUUUGCAUAGAACAGUUCCAUGUUUGGUAUUUUAUUAGUAAAGAAUUUUGCUACCACA